AUGACGUCACCCUCAAAUCAACCGAAGCGAAAUGAGAACACUCUUGUAGAUCAAACGAACCUCCUCCCCCGCGCCCGACUCAUCAUCGUUUUUGGGACCCUGGCUUUUGCCUUCUUAAUCACAUAUGCAGAUCAGAAUGGAAUCGCUGUGAUCUUGCCAACAAUGGCGAAAGAUCUGAAUGCCCAAGACACCAUCUCCUGGGCAGGCACUUCUUCGUUUGUUGGCAACACCGUCUUUCAAGUGCUCUACGGCCGGCUUUCCGAUCUAUUUGGCCGUAAGGUGGUCUACCUAUCGGCACUUCUGCUGUUGGCUGUAGGCGAUAUCCUGUGCGCGACUGCUCAAAAUGGAACUUCAUUGUACAUUUUCCGGGCCCUUGCUGGUAUUGCCAUGGGAGGUAUCAACUCGCUUACCAUGAUCAUUGUUUCCGACAUUGUUACCCUUCAGCAGCGUGGUUAUUAUCAGGGCUUAUUGGGUGGAUGCAUUGGCCUGGGUAACAUGAUAGGUCCAUUCGUCUCCGCCGCAUUUGCAGAAACGUCUUCGUGGCGCAACUUCUUCUACCUUGUGGGACCCCUGGCUGCUGCUUCAGCUGUAAUAUCGUUCUUCUUAGUGCCAUCGUCAAUGCCCCCAAGGAAACGCAGAGAAACAUUCUCCAUGAUCGAUUACUACGGGAUUGCUACCGGCUCAAUUGCCAUCGUGUUUUUCCUGGUUCCCAUAUCUGGAGGGGGCUCUUACUUCAAAUGGAGCUCUCCCAUGGUUAUUUCAAUGUUUGUCAUCUCGGCGCUUGCGCUAGUGGCCUUCCUUCUACACAGGGGGGCUGUGUCUAUGUGUUUCUUCAGCCGUACAACCAACCCAGCCAUAAUUGGGAUUGUUGGUGCGAUAACAGGUGCUGGUGUUGGCAACGUUUUUCAGCCCUGCCUGAUCGCGCUGCAAGCACAUUCACCUAAAGCCCAGCGUGCUGUGGUCAUAUCAAACCGAAAUUUCCUACGAAGUCUUGGGGGCGCUGUAGGCCUCGCAGUCUCGUCACAAGUUAUGCAGAGUUCGCUCAGAAAGAGUUUGCCGUCUCACCUCCGGUCUCUUGUUUCGUCUUCGUAUAGCAUCCCUGACCUUCACAAUAUCCCUGUGACAGAUGUUGAGGCUCUACUAGAUGCAUAUAUGACUGCAUCUCACAAUGUGUUCAUCGUCCUAGCACCUUGUAUGGGCCUAUGUCUUUUAGGCUGCUUCUUAGUUAAGGACAAUGGACUUUCACGGAAGGAGGAGAACAAAACAGAACAAAUACAGGAACAGAGUACAGAUUGUUCACAAAAGGCCGAAUCUGUGGAAACUGGAGAGAAGAAUUCGAUGCAGGAGCCGGGUGAUGAGAUUCUACCAUCACAGAAGUGA